AUGGGCAGCUCGCCCAAACGCUCCAAGCGGAUGCUGCCGAACAACGUCACCGCCGUCACCGCCUUUGACAUGACGCAAAAACCGCCAAAGCCGAGUGAACACCCAAAGCAGGUGGUCAUUCUUAUGCGGCACGGUGAUCGGACGCCUGUGCGUGAGAAAUUUGGAGAGUUGGACUUGUCGCACUUGGCUCCGAAAUGGAGAUCGCUUCUACCCACUGAAGCGGAACAAGCUGAGUUAGAUUCCGUGCGCGUUGAACGUGAGGAAGGCACAGGAAGCAACAGCUAUGCCUCGUUUGUUGGAGAAGGCCACCUGGGUCAGUUGACAUCUCUGGGCUUCGACCAAUGCCGCCGUGCCGGGCAGCAGCUCAAAGCGCGCUACCCCGAGGCACGAAUCCGCGCCUUCAGCACCGAUUUCCCCCGCACGAUUCACACCGCCUCCUGCGUCCUACUGGGCUUCGGCGCCUCGGAGCCGCCUGCGGUCUCCGUGGCGGCGCCCGAGCGGCAGACGCUGCUGCCGAACUACGACGGCCGCUGCCGGCGCUACGCGGCGCUGCGGCAGCAGCUGAUCGAGGCGGCGCACGCAGGCGUGCCGACGGCGCUGGAAAUGAUGCGAAGGGAGCUGGAGGAGAUGCUGCUGCCGGUGAUGGGAGUUGAACCGAUGAAGAAAAUCCUGGACUUCACUCCCUUCUGCGUCCAUCAAGAUGUGGUGGGCACUUUUGAUGGCAUCAACUGGGAGAUGGCCAAGAAGAUUGAGAAGUACAAGGCAUCUGUGGAGGCUGCAGCUUACGCCAAUCCUGAGCUCCUGCGCUUGGCGGCUGGGCGAUUGGUGCAGGAUGUCAUGGACUAUCUGUCGCAGGAUGGUCAUCAGAUCACGCUGUUGGCGGCGCAUGACAACAUGAUGACGGCUUUUCUGGUGGCUUUGGACGUCUUCAAGGAGCAGUGGCCACUCUAUGCCUCCAUGGUCUUGUUAGAGACAGCUGAGCUGAACGGCCCGCGCUCGGUGCGCGUCCUAAUGAACGAUGAGGUAUGCCUGGAUUGGGAGCCUUUGGAGACACUCCGCACCCGGGUUUCCGCCACGGUAAUGUCUGCUGCGCAAUACGCGGCAGCCUGUGAUGGGAUCGCUGGGUCCACUGCUUGAGGUUG